UCUAAUAAUGACCCACUUGCAUGUGUAAAGAGUGAUGCAAGAAUUCAUGUCCAAGUUGAGUCAAUUAAGUGCAGAAAAAAUAGGCCAGAAGCAAAAAAUUCUAAAGAGAAUAUUGACCUGCAUAUUAUUCCAGCACAUAAGAUUCGG